AAAGAAGGGGGAAAAAAUACAUUCGCAACUCUGAAGAGGUUCUUGGUUUGAAAAACUGCUUGGCUCCGCACACGCUUGGCUCUACACACCAGCGGCAGCUUGACCACUGCUGCAUGGGCCAGAGUGCUAUCCAAAUGGGGCUGGUUUGAGUGAGGGAGAAAAGGGUCUGUGUGCACGUCCGUGUUCUUUUGAUGCUUGGUAGUAUUACAGUAGAAUGACUCCACUGUCAUUGGUUGAAUAGGCCGGACUGCCUACUGUGACAGAAUAUGGGCCUCUCAUACCCAAAAGGAAGGCAGUGUUGCUUCUUUAAGCAGAAAAAAAGUGGGACCAAAAAUGAAAGGGCUGCACUCGUAAUAAAUCUUUACUUUCUGUAUGAUGCAGUGGAAUAUCCCCUCUGUAUGAAAAUAAGCUGAGCACAGUCCUGCCGGGCAUGAUGAUAAGUUGAUGAGGACAGUCUGUGAUGCGUCUAGACUCCGAGCCGUGGUGGAUCUAGAAUCCAUGUCAGGUUUUAGUGUAGACCUGCGCUCAGACAGCUCCUGCAGUCGGCAGCCUGGUAUCAACUGCACUGGCGCUGUUCACUGGAAGCCCGCUCUGCGCUGCUUCCUCCAAGUGUCUCAACACUGUGAGCGGGAUCUUUUCCAGAGGCUAGCCGCUGAAACUUGCCCAGUCCCCACACAGUAUCAUUCAGGGGAGCCAGGAGAGCAGCACCGGCGGCGGCUACAGUAGCGGAGAGAGAUCUUCGUCUUCUCCCCUCCACCAGACACUGAAAAGCCCCACUCUUGUCUGUCCCUCUCAGUCACUCAAGUCCUUGUUUUUUUGGUCCCCGAGCUUCGCUUCUCUUUGACUCUUGUUGUCACCGCUGCUGCUGCUGCUGCGUCGGGGAGUGAGGGCGCACGCACAGGGAGAGCCGAGACUCUAUGAGCCGCUCAGAGGUGUGCAUGAGGUGGCUGAUGAGUUAGGACUGAGCGCAGAGCAACACCUUGCGUGCCAUGGAAGUGUGCGCUCGGUGCAGGGGAAUGUACGGGCAGAAAGGGAGACCUGCCGCUUGAAAGCCAGCCUCUGUCCCAGACAAGGCGAGCAUGCCUGAGACCUGCAGACUCACUCUCAUCGCUGCAGAGGAGUUCACAUCAGACUGCCUUUCCACAAUCUGACAUUUUUUAAACUAAUCUUUUUUAUACAGCUCACAGUUUCCUACUCACUGUCUUCAAUCAAGCCCCGCGUGGCUACACUGCUUUUCGAGAAAGGUUAGAGGAUCAAUGAUGAGCAUCUCUGAGACCACUUGGCUUGGACUUUUCUAAUCAGAACCUGUUAGUCACAACACAAAUCUGCCACACAACAUCAACACCUGGCACCAUGUCUUGCUCCCUGUGGAAACUACCCACUUUCUGCUGGUUUCUCAUCACUCUAGCCCAAGUACACUCCACAGAGGGGUUUAGUCGAGCUGCCCUGCCAUUUGGCUUAGUGCGGAGAGAGCUGUCUUGUGAGGGUUACCCCAUUGAUUUGCGGUGUCCAGGAAGUGAUGUCAUUAUGAUCGAAAGCGCCAACUAUGGCCGAACGGACGACAAGAUCUGCGAUGCCGACCCUUUCCAGAUGGAGAACAUAAACUGCUAUCUUCCAGACGCCUACAAGAUCAUGUCACAAAGAUGCAACAAUCGGACCCAGUGCAUUGUAAUCACGGGUUCAGAUGUCUUCCCCGACCCCUGCCCAGGGACCUACAAAUACCUGGAGGUCCAGUAUGAGUGUGUUCCCUACAGUCCAUGCCCAACCAGAAUAGGACCAAGAACACAGAAUGUAUCCUAUCGCAACUGCCCUGAAGUGGAGCAAAAAGUUUUUCUUUGUCCUGGGACUCUGAAAGCUGUCGGUGAACCUUCCUUUAUAUUUGAAGCGGAGCAGCAAGCUGGAGCCUGGUGCAAAGACCCACUGCAAGCCGGCGACAAAAUCUACUUCAUGCCUUGGACUCCGUACCGAACAGACACUCUAAUCGAGUACUCCUCCUUGGAUGACUUUCAAAAUGCCCGUCAAACCAUCACCUACAAGCUGCCGCACCGGGUGGAUGGGACUGGAUUUGUGGUCUACGACGGGGCGGUGUUUUUCAACAAGGAGCGUACCCGAAACAUCGUGAAGUUUGACCUGCGGACUCGAAUCAAAAGCGGUGAGGCGAUCAUCAACAACGCCAACUACCACGACACGUCGCCCUACAAGUGGGGAGGAAAAACAGACAUUGACCUGGCGGUGGAUGAGAACGGGCUGUGGGUGAUUUAUGCCACAGAGCAGAACAAUGGUAUGAUGGUGAUCAGCCAGCUGAACCCCUACACGCUACGAUUUGAAGCUACCUGGGAAACGACCUAUGACAAGCGCUCAGCCUCCAAUGCCUUCAUGGUCUGUGGAGUACUCUAUGUGGUCCGCUCCACCUACGAAGACAAUGAAAGUGAAGUCAGCAAGAGCCUGAUUGAUUAUAUUUACAAUACCAAACAGAACCGUGGGGAAUACGUUGAUAUCCACUUUCCCAACCAGUACCAGUACAUUGCAGCUGUGGAUUAUAAUCCGCGAGAUAACCAGCUCUAUGUGUGGAAUAACUUUUACAUCCUGAGGUACAACUUGGAGUUUGGCCUGCCUGAUCCGGCACAUGCACCGCCGUUUUCAGAAGUCACCACGACUCCGCCUACGAAAACGACAACCACCACAACAACAACCACAGUGCACUGGGGUAUGGACAACAAUACCACCACAACAGGGUACAAGGAGCGCAGCAGGGGAGCGCCCAAGCCACGUCCUGUAAUCCCACAGACUCCUUCCCCUCCGCCCCUGGAGUCCUUCCCUUUACCUGAACGCUUCUGCAAGGCAAUUGAGAAAAGAGACAUAAUGUGGCCUCAGACCCAGAGGGGCAUGCUUGUUGAGCGACCUUGUCCCAAGGGAACACGAGGCACAGCAUCUUAUUUAUGUGUCCUUUCCACCGGGGACUGGCACCCAAAGGGCCCUGAUCUCAGCAACUGCACCUCCCACUGGGUCAACCAAGUAGCCCAGAAGAUCCGCAGCGGUGAAAACGCGGCUAACUUGGCCAAUGAAUUAGCCAAGCACACCAAAGGACCCAUCUUUGCUGGGGACGUCAGCUCCUCAGUGCGCCUGAUGGAGCAGCUGGUGGACAUCCUGGAUGCGCAGCUGCAGGAGCUCAGACCCAGCGAGAAGGAUUCUGCAGGACGGAGCUUCAAUAAGCUCCAAAAGCGAGAAAGGACAUGCAGGGCAUACAUGAAGGCCAUUGUGGACACCGUGGAUAACCUUCUGCGACCAGAGGCGCUCAAGUCCUGGCAGGACAUGAACAGCACCGAGCAAACUCACGCAGCCACCAUGUUACUGGAUACUUUGGAGGAAGGGGCCUUCGUCCUCGCUGACAACCUCAUGGAACCGGCUAUUGUCAAAGUCCCAGCAGAUAAUAUAAUCCUGGAAGUGUAUGUUCUCAGCACGGAUGGCCAGGUCCAGGAUUUCAAAUUUCCACAGAUCGGCAAAAGCGGCAUCUCAAUCCAGCUCUCAGCCAAUACUGUUAAGCUCAACAGUCGGAAUGGAGUUGCCAAACUGGUUUUCAUGCUCUACAAAAACCUGAGCCAGUUCCUCAGCACAGAAAACGCCACCAUCAAGAUGGACAAUGACGCCUACACCCGCAACGUCUCGGUAGCCGUCAACUCGGACAUCAUUGCCGCCUCAAUCAACAAAGAGUCCAGCCGCGUGUUCAUUAAUGACCCCGUGAUUUUUACCCUGGAGCACAUUGAUAUGGAGCACUACUUCAACUCCAAUUGCUCCUUCUGGAAUUACUCUGAGAGAAGCAUGAUGGGCUACUGGUCCACCCAAGGCUGCAAACUCCUGGACUCCAAUAAAACACACACCACCUGCUCAUGCAGCCAUCUCACCAACUUUGCCAUCCUCAUGGCACACCGUGAAACCUCAGCCAGCAGUGACGUGCACGAGCUGCUCCUGACCGUCAUCACUCGCGUCGGCAUCGUGGUGUCCCUCGUCUGCCUCAUGAUCAGCAUCUUCACCUUCUGUUUCUUCCGGGGCCUGCAGAGCGAUCGCAACACCAUCCACAAGAACUUGUGCAUUAAUCUCUUCAUUGCAGAGUUAAUAUUCCUAAUUGGUAUCGAUAUGACGGAACCCAGGAUUGGCUGUGCCAUCAUUGCGGGGAUCCUGCACUUCUUCUUCCUAGCUUCCUUCUCCUGGAUGUGUCUUGAGGGAGUCCAGCUGUACCUCAUGCUUGUAGAAGUCUUUGAGAGCGAAUACUCGCGGAAAAAGUACUACUACGUGUCUGGUUACCUCUUCCCCGCCAUCGUUGUCGGCGUCUCAGCAGCUAUUGACUACAGGAGCUACGGGACCAAGAAAGCGUGCUGGCUAAGUGUGGAUAAUCAUUUCAUAUGGAGUUUUAUAGGACCUGUCACCUGUAUCAUCAUGCUCAAUCUCAUCUUCCUGGUGAUCACAAUGUACAAAAUGGUGAAGCACUCCACCACCCUGAAACCAGACUCUAGCCGACUGGAGAAUAUAAAUAAUUAUCGCGUUUGUGACGGCUACUAUAAUACAGAUUUGCCUGGCUAUGAAGAUAAUAAACGGUUUAUCAAAUCCUGGGUCAUGGGUGCUUUUGCUCUGCUGUGUCUGCUCGGUCUCACCUGGUCUUUUGGGCUCUUCUUCAUCAGCGAGGCCUCGAUUGUUAUGGCGUACCUCUUCACCAUAUUCAACACCUUUCAAGGAAUGUUUAUCUUCAUUUUCCACUGCCUUCUCCAGAAAAAAGUCCGCAAAGAGUACAGCAAGUGCUUCCGCCACACGUACUGCUGCGGAGGGCUGCCGACUGAGAGCUCGCACGGUUCUGCGAAGACUUCCACCACACGGACCAGCGCACGCUACUCCUCUGGCACACAGAGUCGUAUCAGGAGAAUGUGGAAUGACACCGUAAGAAAGCAAUCUGAGUCCUCCUUUAUCUCAGGUGACAUCAACAGCACCUCCACCCUUAACCAAGGAAUGACCGGGAACUAUCUACUAACAAAUCCUCUCCUGCGACCACAAGGCACUAACAACCCUUAUAACACCUUACUGGCUGAGACAGUCGUAUGUAACACUCCCACAGCUCCAGUGUUUAAUUCACCAGUGACCUACAGAGAGACAAGGCACUCACUGAACAAUGCGGUGAGGGACACAAGUGCAAUGGAUACUCUACCGCUAAAUGGUAACUUUAAUAAUAGCUACUCGCUCCGUAAUGGGGACUUUGGCGACAGUGUGCAGGUAGUAGACUGCGGCCUGAGUCUGGACGAUGCUGCCUUUGAGAAAAUGAUAAUCUCCGAGCUAGUACACAACAACCUGCGUGCCUGUAAUAAAAGCCACCAACAGCAACAGCAGCAGCACCACAGUUUACAUCAUCCACCCCACCACCAGCAGCCACCACAGUACCACCAUCACCACCACACGGAGCGGGCUCCGCCCAAGGUGACGGUGGUAGGUGGAAGCAGCAGCGAAGAUGACGCUAUUGUGGCCGACGCUUCGUCUUUGGUCCACGUGGGUGACACGGUGGGCCUCGAGCUGCACCAUCAGCAGGAGCUGGAGGCACCUCUCAUCCCCCAGCGGACUCACUCGCUUCUGUAUGCACCCCAGAAGAAGGUGAGGACCGAUGGGGGAGUCGAUACGUUUGUCAGCGAGCUGACACCCACCAAUCCCGAUGAUAGUCUGCAGUCCCCAAACAGAGACUCCCUGUACACUAGUAUGCCUAAUCUGAAAGACUCUCCGUACCCCGAGAGCAGCCCUGAUGUUGUGGAGGACCUGUCCCCCUCCAAGAGGAGCGAGAAUGAGGACGUUUACUACAAGAGUAUGCCUAACUUGGGGGGUGGCCAGCAGCUCCAAGCCUACUACCAGAUAGGCCGAGGGAGCAGUGAUGGUUACAUUAUUCCCAUUACUAAAGAGGACAGCAUCCCUGAAGGCGACGUACGAGAAGGACAGAUGCAGUUAGUGACAAGCCUUUAAAUGUAUUUAAAUCAUCCCCAGACCGUUCCCAGCCUUCCUGCAGCCCUGAACUCUUGGAGGACAUUAUAAAGGGAAGGGAGGCAUUUUUCUUUGUUUUUUUUAAUGGGGCUUUUUGUUUGUUUGUUUGUUUGUUUGGGGUUUGUUUGCUUUUUUGAAGAGAGCUUAAAAGCCCCGCCAUUUACACUUAGCCAUUUGCAAACCUACAUCUCCAUUGCCAUCUUCUUUUCAUACCCUUCCUAACUUCCCUGCAGACCAAUAGACUUGGAGCACAGCUAUGGCAGUGCAGAGUUUUAAUGAGACUGUACAUAAAAUGCAGAGUCAAAUUUCAAUUUUAAGAGACAAGCCAACUAUGUAUUUAAAUGUGCUGCUGCUGUUGAUUAAAACAAAAUUUUAAGGUACGAAAAUUAAAAAAAAAUGUAAAAAAAAAAAAAAAAAAAAGGAAAAAGGAAAAAAAGUAAAAAGGAAAAAAAGAGAGAGCGAGAAAGAAUCAAUACUGGCUACAUCCAAUCAGCAACCUCCCAGUCAAAAGGCUGUACAUACACUCCCCAACAACCUAGCUGAAGCCUGUUUUUUUUCUUUUUUGUUAUUUUUUUUUUAAAUAUUGUAUACAGAACAGUACCCCUGGACCAGGACAUGGACAUGUUUGCAAAAUGUUCCUGAUCAAACUGUUAGAAAAGGAAUAUAAGGUCCUGAUCGGUCUCCAUCACCAUCAAGUUUGGAUUGUAUAACCACUAGCAAUCAAGCCCCUGGCCUUAUAUUUUCUCAACUGUAACUUGAACUGUUGUCAAGGAAAAAUGGCUAAAAUAUAUAUUUUGUUGUAUUGCUAGUGUAAAAUAAAAAAAUUCAAUGGGAAACCAUAAAUAUGAAGAAACCUUAUAAUUGCAAAAUCUAACGUUUGAGAGACUAUUGUGUAGAAGUUGCACAUAUGUUAUACAGUGUGUUUAUGGUUCCAACACUUCAUUCAUGGUAGUGCGUUUGAACGUUAAGGCUUAUAAAAAGAGAGAUCGAGUCAACUAAUUACAAAGAUGCAUUAUCACCUUUUCCACUUGUGAACAGUGUUUUUUUCUUCCAUCGAUAUCGCCCAUGUUUAAAUAUGUUUAUUUGACUUUGCCAUUUACUUUGGUAGAAUGGGAAUGCAAAAACCCCAGUUAGGGUGACUUAUGCAUUGCACAGUUUUUUUGUGUAAUUCUGGCAGAUAUAGAUCUUUUUAAGUAACGGCAGAGUGGUGGGCAAGCGCAAAUGAAACGAGCGACUUUGAACAAUAAAGUUCCUAUCAUAAAUGUAGUUCUUCCGCUUGGGUUUGGAUAUUUUAUUUAUUAAAAUCUUUCCAAAAAAAAAAAGAAUAAAUAAAUGGGAAAUGUGUGAAUAUUUUCCAGCACUGGUAUACAUGCUGUACUGUAGCUCAUGUUUUUUAUGUAAACAUGUUACCAAGGGGCUCUUCACUUAAGACUGAUGUAAAGUUCAACACUUGUUUAACAAAUAAAAUAAAUGUGAGAUUUUUUGUCAAAUGCCAGUUGCUUUUUAAUGGUUUGUGGUUUUGGUACUAUUUGAGGAAAAAGCUUUUAUUAUUUUGCUAUGGACAAAAUACACUUUUGACUCAGGUUACAAGUUAAGUCCCGAGCACCUUGACAGGUAAAUUAGUGAAUUUAUUUUCUAGAGCGUUUAUUUGCUUUCUUUUCCUGCUAUUUCUUUGCUAACUGCAGAGUUUAGAGAGCGCGUAUGUGUUAUAGAGAAGCCAAAUCUUUCCAUGUGAUUCAAAGAUGAGAAACUCAGGUAGGAAAACUGCAUUGUAAAUGUUCCUCUGUGUGGUUGUGACACUAAUAAAGGCAAAAAAAAAACACACAAAAAACCCGACACUGGUUCAAAGCAUUGUCCACUUAGUAUAUUUUUAAAUGAGCACUAGACUGAGCGCCAUUAAAGGGUCUGGCAGUACGGGAGUCUUGUAGUAAGAUGUUGGCUUAAAAUGCCGUGUGGGAGUGGAAAUGUGUCCACAGACCUAACAAGGGGUCAAUGUAACACUUGGCUGCGGCUGUAGAAAUAUAUUAUACAUAAAAUGUCCAGCUAUGACACAUAUUUGCUCUAAUUAAUGUCUGCUUCUGCUGGAGCCCACAGUCAGUUCUUGGGUGGUUUAUGCCUCAGGUAGUGCUAAUUUCUGAAGCAUUUUAAUAUAACACCAGUUGAGGCAGAGUGACAGCUCUCAGCAGGGUUGCUGGAAAUUGCACUGUUUACCAUUUGGCAUUGAAGGAAAUGACUCAGAACUUAGCAAAAAUGCACUUUAUGUCAGUGCACAUAAGGCUGUGUGGGCUGUGUGUUGUUUUGACUUUUUCAACAAUUAUGUGACAUUUUGUGCAAUUAUCUGAGGCUUCAAAUUGUCAUAGAAGAAUUAUGUUCCUUUUUUUGUGAUCUGUUGUACAGACCCCUUGAAUGUCAGUUUGGAAUCAAGUGUUGUGGUGAUUGUUGACUGUUGAAAUGGCAGGCAUAAUGACAUGCAUAAUAAUGAGAAAAAAAGCAUAUUGAUUUCCUGCAUUGUAAAACAUGCAGCGCCAUUUUAUCUGUGUUUAACAUCCCUUAACGUUUGAUAGCGUACACGUAAUUUGAAAGCAUAAAAUUAGUCUUAAGAAUGACAAAUAUAAAUAUUAUAAUGAAUUGAUAGUCUUUUUGACAGCGGAAUGACAAAAUAUGUGCUGUAAAAGUCAAAAGUAAUGCUAAACUGACAAUGCGUAUUAAAAAGAAGUGGCUAACCCACACUUACAGAGGGAAAAUAUGCCUUUUUGAGUGCAGAACAAUGUGUUAAACCUCAGAACUUCCACCACAGUUAACACUGAAAGCAAUGCUCCAUAGUCAGACCUGCAGGUUUGUCUUUGCUCAUUGUUUUUGUUAGGAUAAAUCUCACUCAGAAGCACCAUUCACCCGAUUUAUCUGUUUACCUGAAACAAAAAAAAACUCUCCAGUGCAAGAUUAUGUACAAAUUGUAAAAUAAAGU